AUGGAGUCAUCUUCAAGCAAUCGUAAUCGUCAUGGACUGUUGUGCCAUUGUGGAAGGAGGGCUAUACUCUCUAGAUCUGGAACUAAGACGAACCCCGGUCGAUUAUUUUUAGGAUGCGCUAAUUGGAAAGUGAAUAAUUGUGGAUUCUUCAAAUGGGUAUCUGAUGAAGAGGAGUUUGAAGGUUCAAAGGCAGAGCUUGUUCAGACGAAGCAGUCGAGCGUGACGCCGCAAGUUUCAAGAGCCGUGUCAAGUGGAGAAUUGCGGGAAAAGAGAAAGAUUGAGAUUGAUAUUAUGAAUUUGUUGAAGCUUGUUAUAUUUUCUCUUUUAUUUGGUAUUUUUCUAGGAUUUGUAUUUGGUAGUUUUAUUGGAUUUGUGCUAAGUAGGGUAUAA